UUUUUGGUUGUGAAAUUGAAACGAUGAUGCAGUGUAUAAAAGGAAAUGUAUCUCUCGGAACAACAAUACAGUUACUUGAGCGAUUUCCCGUCCGGAGAAAAUGGCUCUUGUGAAGACCGACACCAUCGACAACAACUCCAUUCCAUGGGUUCUGUGGCUACCACCAGUAACGGAAGCGGAGAGGAAAUCGCCGAAAGGGAGAUUCACAUUUGAUGGGCCACAGGUGGUGGCGUUUCACUUUGUUAAGAACCGGCACGGAGACACCUUGGACAAGUGGAUAAGGCUGCUCGAUGAGUUGGCACAAGAGUACGUCGGUCGGAUAUUGUUUGGAUUGCGCGACAUCUCCAAUAUCGGGGAGUUCAAUGCGAACCUAGAUCCCGACGACUUUGGCAGCUACCGAAAGGGAUUGCCACCGCGAAUCUAUGGCAAGGACUGCGAGGGCCGAGUGUACGAUAUGCACAAGCUGGUCAGCGCCAAGUACCUGAGGGAGUUUUGCGACCAGCUGCUGGGGGAUCAGCUCUUCCGUGCCGUAGUCCUGGGCGCCACUCCAUCGCUGGACUCCAAGCCAAUGAAUUACUUCGAGCUGCGGGAAGGGAGCAGCAGCGAUAUGCUGGUGAUGCUAUAUGAUCCUGCCUGCUACUACUGGCCCAUUCAGAAGAGGAUGCUGCGCAAGCUGAUCCGCCUGCUGGCCAGCGAGGAUCUGCCCAUUGUGAUCGUGGACAAGGCGACUAACUACCUAGGCGUGGGCUUCACCCGCUGGCUGCAGAUGGUCAACUGUCACGGCUCCACCAUCUUCACAUCGCCACGUCGCGAUGGCUGGGACAUCAAGUUGUCGGUGCGAAUGGAGAGCACACGUGGCUACCUGCGAUACAUCGCCCGGAACAGGCAGCCGGAGCUGAUUGACUUCGAUGCCGAGGGGGAGCCCAGAGCACCGGAGCAGGCCGUGGAGUACAUACAGUAUUUGUUUUAGAUCUCGACCCUAAGUGCAUAAGUCGGCAGCCAACCUAAAUAUAGACGAAAAACCUGAAGGCGAUAACAAACCAAGCUCGGAAUUGCUCCAAGACACCAAAAAUAAGAAUUAUUUGGUUUAUAGAUAUGAGUUUGUAUUCAGAACUUCACUUUGUUGUUCGCGUCCCGCGGCUGGACGUGGAUCAUGACCUUGAUAGCGCCUCCGGUGCCGCGGCGGGAGGUCUCAAACGCCUCAGCCGUCUCCGUGAUGUCGUAGUGGUGCGUCACUAGACGCUUCACGUUCACCUUGCCCGAAGCCACCAGAGCCAAAGCGGCGGAAUAGCUAGAGAUGCGGAGUUAUCAGUAGUUGAUUUGACCCACGAUGUUGCCCCGCCGAAUCUACCGAUAACUUACUCAUUGCAGUAGCGGAAGACGCCACGAAUGUCGAUCUCACGUGCCAAAGCGUUGAUCAGGGGCAGCUUGACCUCGGGCGCUCCCAUGCCCACAACCACUACUACUCCGCCAGAGCGAGUGGCCUGAAAGGAAAGUGGUUAGUGACUGAUUACCCAACCAUACGCAAUACUGAUUCACUUACAAAGAUGGCCAGGCGUGCGCUGCUCUCGGCUCCACAGCAGUCGAUGGACUUGUCCGGCACCUCGCUCAUCGUCUGGUGAAC